CUUUUCUCAGUUGCUCCGUCCCCCGGGGGCUGGGGGGCUGAGCGUUAGCUCUUCCGACGCUUCCCUUCUCCUUUGGGGGGAGCCAGUGACAACGGAUCAGGUCACGUGAACCGCGCAAAGCAAGUCCUCUCCAUCUAGAGCCUUCUCGACAUGGCUUUUGGGAGCAGGGCUGGGUCGGUCUCCUCCCUGCUGCUUUGCUGGCUUUCCUUCGCCUGGGAGAGCAGCAGCGCUUUGCAUACCAAGGGCUCGCUGCCCCUGGAUGUCAUCACCUUCUACAAGGUGAUUCCAAAGAAUAAGUUUGUCCUGGUGAAAUUUGACACCCAGUAUCCUUAUGGUGAGAAGCAAGAUGAAUUCAAAAAGCUAGCAGAAAGCUCAGCUUCCAGUGAAGAUCUGCUCAUAGCUGAAGUGGGAAUAUCAGAUUAUGGUGAUAAACUGAACACAGAGUUGGGUGAGAAAUACAAGCUGGAUAAGGAUAGCUAUCCUAUUUUUUACUUGUUCCAGGAUGGGGACUUUGACAGUCCCUUACCUUACAGUGGCCAAAUAAAAGCCAGUGCUAUUCAGCGUUGGCUGAAGAGUAAAGGCAUCUAUCUGGGAAUGCCAGGCUGCCUACAAGAAUAUGACAUCCUGGCAAGCAAAUUUGUGAGCACCACGAAAGAGUUAGAGCGUCAAGCUCUUCUCAAACAGGGGCAGGACAGUUUAGCAAAAGCCAAGGAAACAGAGAAGAAACGGGCUGAGCAGUACUUGAAAAUCAUGAGUAAAAUCCUGGAGCAAGGAGAGGAGUUUGCUGCUAAUGAAGUUGUCCGGAUCACAAAACUGCUUGAGAAGAACAAAAUGAGUGAUGGGAAGAAGGAGGAGCUCCAGAAAAGCCUAAACAUCCUCGCCUCUUUUCAAAAGAAGAAGAAUGAAAAAGAAGAGCUUUAACUGGCUGGAGAACUUUGUACAAGCUUCAGGGGGUAGCUGUGUUAGUCUGUAUCUACAAAAACAACAAGGAGUCUGGUGGCACCUUAAAGACUAACAGAUUUGUUUGGGCAUAAGCUUUUGUGAGUAAAAACCUCACUUCCAAGUGAGGUUUUUACUCACGAAAGCUUAUGCCCAAACAAAUCUGUUAGUCUUUAAGGUGCCACCAGACUCCUUGUUGUUUUUGUACAAGCUGUGAAUUACUGGCACAAGGUCCCAUCCAGUUCUCUUUAUGCAAGCAAACUUCCCUUUGACCUCCAGGGAGCAGCAAAAUUCCUUCUAGUGUGCUUGGUGCUUUAGAAAACUCAGAGGAAGGCAUGUCGUCUUUGAAAAAUGACAGUAUUCUGUAGUAGGGAUUCAAACAAUCACCUCUUAAAGUGAAACUGAUGUGUAUUAGUUGAUAAAUACUAUUACACACAGAAAUACAUUAAAAACAGAUUUCAGAUUGCAAAGUCAAGCACUCAAAAAUUUAGGAAAUAAUAUAAUUAAGUUUGCCUCUGCAGAAUUAUUCCUCCAAUGCACUGAGUGGGAGUAGGAGUCCUGUGGAAAAAAUGUGAUCACGUGAUUAAAGACUAUCAUAAUGCACAUGCACAAUGGGGGUGAACUGAGGUUGUAUAGUAUCAGAGGGGUAGCCGUGUUAGUCUGGAUCUAUAAAAAGGGUAUUUCCUAACUUUUGAGUAUUUGGCUUUGCAAUCUUAAUGAUCUUUUAAUGUAGUUUUUGUGUAUGUAAUUUCCUAGAUUUUUUUUUUUAAAAAGCAAACUGAACAAGCAGAAAUCCUACCAUGUAGUGUUAUAUUGUCAUACACAUGGUUCAGCAGCAGGGUUGAAACCAUUAAAUCCACCACAGACCUAGUAAGUGAUA